AUGACCAAUCAGAGAGUAAAGAUAUCAGCUGUUAUUAAGUGUAAACACAACACUGGUGUGGGUGGAGAGUUAGAAUAUCCGGCCCAGGGCAGGAGAGAGGCCGGUCGACCAUCACACCCAACUCCUUUCCUCUCCCCAGCCAAUAUCCCCAGACGUAUCGGGAGCUCCACACGGAAACUGGCUCCCGGCAAGCGUUGUGCUGGAGGUGUGGGUUUGGGGCUGACCGUCACCAGCGAGCUGUUGGCAGCGAUGGCGGAGGCCAGGGAGACUCUCGCUCACUACCCUGAAGACGCCAACUUCUUGUCCCUCUGUAGCGACUCGCCUGCCCCCACCCCGAAUUACUCACACGCUGCUGCUAAUACAGUGACAGUCAACAGUUUAUUGCAGUCCACCAACGAGACCGUUGGUGGGUCCCUGAAUUAUGGUGUCAAUGGUCUUCAGUACUCUAAUGCCAGCCCAGCUGGUCACCAAUCUGCCAGCUCCUCUCCUUACCCCAGCAUGAGCCCUGCUGGACAUGCCUCCUCCGGCUCCCCUGCUUACUCUAUGAGCUCCGCUGGUCACGCUGCUAAUGAUCUUAACAAUUUAAACUUUCACUCCUCUUUCUCUGUCAGUAACUCCGAUGGAGUCGAGACUGUGUCUCCAGAAUUCUAUGUUUAUGGUCAAAGUCAGUACCAGGGGACCUCUGGGUACCAAACAGCUAUACUUUCACAGGAACACAGACAGAGUCUGUAUGACCAAGUGAUGUCGGCACCACAGCCACCGAGUUAUUAUGGGCAUUCAUCAUCGACGUAUUCUCCUUCAGGGUCUAUAGUAUCUGACAAUUCAAACAACAAAUCUCCCAAACCUGUAAAUGAUCAGCUUCCCCCAGUAAAGCGGCGCCGAGUAAAUAGUAGUUCCUCUUCUGACGAUGUGGAUAAAAUACAACAUCCAAGUUUUCAAAGUCGUCAGGGUAAUGCACGAGACCGCUCUUCCUCCACACCAUCUCCCAAGGUGCCUCUCCCACCAAUAUUCACUCCUCCUAACCUUAACUCAAGGUCAGAUUCGUCAGUGCCUAACAGUGGUUCUCUUCCUCCAUUCAAACACCCUUACGCUGCAUCAUAUUCGUAUGACAUAUCUAGGAUCUCGGCUGCUACUUCCUUACAAAGGACUGAGGAGAACACCAGUUUACAGACACUGAAUCUUUCUUACAGCAAUAACUAUGGUCUCACCGGUGACGACCCAGUGCCACCUUAUCACCAGUACCUCUCACAUGCUCCUCUUCCUAGUUUUUCCACUAUAAGCCCUCAACUAAAUCCCUCUUCCCAAACCCCUGUUGGGGAAAGCCCUCCUCUGCCUACCCUGUCUGGGAUUCCUCAGUUCACUGCUUACUCCUCUGGUCCUUCUCAUCAUCUCCCUGCAUUCUCUUCUCAUUCUGCACUCCCACCUUUUACCACUCUGCCUUCUACAUCUUCCAUGUCCAGCGCCUCUCUAGGUGUCCCUUCAAUAAGUGGCAGCCAGAUGGUUCAGAUAGUACCUGUGAAUCUGACACAAAAGAUGAAUAAUGGUGCGAAGCUUAACAUCAGCAAUACUCCUAGCCAAAUGAACCAACCACGUGCAUCACGAUCCUUCAGUCCAGGGCUCGAAGCCACCUGUCCACAUUGCAUCGUCACAUUCGCGUCUUCGGGACACCUUAAGCGCCACUUAGAGUCUCAUGGUUCAAACCGACGCUUCAAGUGUCCCGGCUGUAACUGUGCUUAUAGUCGCCAGGAUAAUCUGAAGAAGCAUAUCGCAUCAGCUCAUACGAAAGACGAUGAAAAAAAGACGUCCGAUAACACGAGUGGAAAUAGUAUUUGCCGAGGUUGCUAA